GAUACCUCUUCAUUACUGUAGGCUUACGAGCACCCAGACGAUAUGGUGGAAACUUCAGCUCGUGGAGCGUUAAGUGGCGUCAACGAGCUGGUGAGCUUCUUGGAAUCGGCUUCGUCUUCUGAUCGCUCGGCUUUUUCGAAAAGAGCAAAUGUAAUUUUGGAGUGCAGAACCUGCGCAACACUUUUCCGCAAAGCUGAUGGCUUCAUGCGCCAUGUGAUGCGUUGCGAUAGCAGCCGCGCGGCUGACGUCGAUGCGGAAUUGAACGGACGAUCACAGCUCAUUCCUCCUCCUGUCAGAACCAUGACCGCUCCCAAAGCCGUUCGCCCAGUGAAGAAGCCAAUGGCAGACGAUUCUGUGCCAGUUCCUACGAAACUCGCUUCGACAAUGAUCGCCCAGGAGUUAAAGAAGGUUCCCAGUGUUCAGGAGUUGAAGAAGUUACCCAGCGUAAAGAGAAUUGGCCGACCACCAAAUGCAGAAAAAGCGUCCACCAAGCUUGCUGUUGCAAAGAAUGAAAUGACUGAGACCACCUCAACUCCACCUGUUGUCGCUGUAGCCAGUGAUAAUGAACCCAAAGUUUUGCCUGCUACGCGCGCUCCGAAAAGAGCCUAUAACAGGAAGUCGACAACCCCACAAAAGCGAGUUGUCCAAGCCGAUGUCAAUGAGCGAUAUUGA